UUAUAAAAUUCCAUCUGUAUACAGAAAUUAUCAAUUUUGAGUUCACUCUUUCUAUAAAUUUGUUGACUUUAUUUUAAAGAUAGUCAGUUACAGUGUUUUGCAAUAGUUCAUAUUGUGUUCUGUGCCGCAAAAGAUGGGCCGACCUGCUGUUGAAGGACGUGGAAAACGGUUUACAACAAAGCGUUCUAUCGGAUUGUAUAGCGGUGUAUUUGUAACUGCUGGUGUAAUAAUUGGAUCUGGAAUAUUUAUUUCACCACACGGGGUUCUCGCUGCUGCCAAUUACAGUGUCGGGAUUACAUUAAUUAUCUGGGUGUUGGGCGGAAUUGUAGCCAUGCUUUCAACUUUGUGCUACUGUGAACUUGCAACUUCGAUACCGGAGUCGGGCGGCGACUACACUUACCUGACGUACGCGUAUCAUCCAGCUUUGGCAUUUCUAAUACCUUGGAUGUACACGUGUGUACCAAGCUCAGAUGCAGCACUUGUUCUCACUUUUGCUCGCUAUGCUACAGAGCCGUUCUUCGUCGGCUCAAAACCACCGGAAGAAAGCGUAAAACUAGUAGCAAUCUGCUUGAUGCUGUUGCUUACAGCAGUAAAUAUACUCAGCGUAAAAUGCGCCCUUCGUAUGCAGGUGGCGUUUGCGGCAUCGAAGUUCUUGGCAAUCGGAGUUGUAGUCGUGGGUGGCAUCAUUUACGUCAUUCGUGACAACUCGGUUGCUAAACAAAAUUUCACGAGUUCAUUUAACAGUCAAGCGUUGAAGGGAUUCUCAGUUUUAAGUUUGUCUGGUGCAUUUUACCAGGUCAUGUGGUCGUACGAUGGGUGGAAUUCUCUUUGUCACGUCACAGAAGAAGUCAAAAACCCCGGGAAAACGAUUCCCAAAGCUUCCAUCUUAUCAAUUGCAUUCGUAAUGUUCGCUUAUCUGGUUAUUAACUGCGCAUACUUCUCAGUGUUGUCGGUGGAUGAAAUGGGAUCGUCUAAAAUCGUUGCAUUACCAUUCGCAUUGAAAGCGAUGGGGGGAGCAGCGUGGAUAGUUCCUCUUACAGUCUGCCUGUGUACUGCCGGAUCCUACAAUGGUGGGGUCUUAACUACUGGUAGAGUAUCUUACGUGGCAGCUCGAAGAGGACAUUUGCCACAGCUUUUCGGAAUGCUGCAUAUUUAUAAACACACCCCAAGCGCUGCUCUCAUUCUUAACGCCAUCGGAUGCAUCGUACUCGUUAGUAUCGGGCAGUUAGGACCUUUAAUCGACACAUUUGGCUUCGUAAACUGGACGUUUAAAGGCCUCAGCGCUCUCUCUGUUUUAAUCCUGCGACACAGAAUGCCCGAUCUGCAACGACCUUACAAGGUCCCUACUGUGAUUCCUGUAUUCCUGACCCUUCUUUCCGCCUUCUUCGUGAUUCUCCCUCUUAUCAACGACCCACAUUUUCUUUACUUUUAUGCAUUAGCAUUUUGCGCUCUUGGUCUUGUGUUAUAUUUUACUUUUGUCCACAAGCGUAUUCGAGUUCCUGGUUUGGAAAAUGCGACAAAAUUUCUGCAACAAUUUCUGCUUGUCGCACCGUCUGAAUGGAGGAAAUUGAAAUGAAUGUUUUUCUUGCAAACUUGCAUGGUAUAGUAGGGUGGGGAAAGAUGGGACACUUUUAGGACAUAAUAUCCAAACAAUCUGAUCGUGUUUUAAACAAUUA